GUCGUCUCCAUUUUAAUAUGCUGACAUAAACAACCAUCCGAAAUCCUUAGGCUGAGAGUCCUUUGCCUCGCUGGAGAGGAUCUUCUUCCGGUAUCCAACCAUAUUCAUAAAGUUGAUGGGAUCCAAACCUAACAUAAAAAGUUGAUAAAGAGCUACUCAAGAAUCCGUAGGGCAUAAAAAAAGAUAUGGGUGCUUCCCAAUCGGGUUCAGAAAAAUCAAUUCAUGAAUUCAGAGUCAAGGACUAUAAGGCCAAGGAUGUGGACCUCAGUGUUUAUAAAGGGAAAGUUCUUCUGGUGGUCAAUGUUGCCUCCAAAUGUGGGCUUACCGAUUCGAAUUACACCCAAUUGACUGAGCUCUACAACAAAUACAAGGACAGAGGUUUUGAGAUCUUAGCAUUUCCAUGCAAUCAAUUUCUGAAGCAAGAGCCUGGGUCGAGUGAGCAGGCACAAGAAUUUGCAUGUACAAGAUACAAGGCUGAAUAUCCAAUUUUUCAUAAGGUUCGUGUAAAUGGCCCUGAUGCUGCACCAGUCUACAAAUUCCUCAAAGCACACAAAAGUGGAUUUCUUGGAUCUAGGAUCAAAUGGAAUUUCACCAAGUUUCUAGUUGAUAAGGAAGGAACUGUCCUCGCCCGCUAUGGCCCAACAACUGCCCCAUUGACCAUUGAGGUACUGUCCUCUCUCUAUACAUAUUCAUGUGAGUGUGUUGUGGUGGUGGUGGGGUGUUGGCCACUGAUUUUUAUUGUCAUUUCAAAAUACUUACUUCUUUUCUUUUUCUUUCUUAAAAUGCAGGCUGAUAUCCAGAAAGCCUUGGGAGACAAGUGAGGAACUUCAUGUUCAGUAUAGAUAUAAAUGUGGAUUAGUUCAAUUAGAGAACAUGAUAAAAUUAAUUAAAAGAAUGAUUCUGGUGUUCUAUUCAGUUAAUAAGUUUGUAUUGGUUGUAGUAUCUAGCCCUUGUAAUAUAUGAUGAUACGCUCUAUUUCCAUGCCUUGCUCUAUGGCUAGAAAUUUAGGUACUUUUACAUUUUCCUUUUAAGCGUGAAAUUGGAGUUCUGCUUGUUCCUUUGGAUUUCUUCAAUGGAAGCAUAUGUUAUUUUUCUUUGUUGACAA